GCCAAUCAGCGCGGCGCUGUUGUCUCGCCCCGCCUCGCGCCGGCGUCUGGGUGGUGUGGAGAGGGCGCCCAGUUUCACAGAGCUCCCAGCGCUCACUUCCGGGCACGGUCGGGCCGUGACGUCGGGAGGAGGGCAGGCUCUUCCCGUGUGUUACUUGAUUCACAGCAACCCCAGAAAGUCAGUCUUGUCGUCAUCAUUCGCCCUUUACCAGGGACGAAAUACAACAAGCCCGGGGAAGUACAGACACUGACCAAGGUCACCCAGCUGAGUGGAGCUGGGAUUCAAGCCCAGGGUGCCGUGACCCCUAACGCCUCAAGGGGCACUUACCUAUUUUGUUGGCAAAAGUAUUUUUAGGUUCGAACAGACCUUGGAAUAAUCUAAGCUAAGGGCCGUACUUUAUAGUGGAGUAUCCAAGACUAAGAUGCGAGCAGAACAGUUUAUAUCCAGGACUUGGCACCACUGCCUCCCCGCCUCAUCACAUAGCCCCCACUCCAUCAGAACCUCAUUCAUUUGCUUCUUUUCUCUUCUUUUUUUUUUUUCUUGAGACGGAGUCUUGCUCUGUUCACCUAAGCUGGAGUACAGUGGCAUGAUCUCAGCCCACUGCAAUUUCUGCCUCCCAGGUUCAAGCAAUUCUGCCUCAGCCUCCUGAAUAUCUGGGAUUACAGACACACGCCGCUUUUUGGAUGUCUGCAACGCCUGGCAGGAGUCUUGUGUGAGCCGGCUCCACCACACGGCCCACGACAUCUUCGCAGGGAAGACAGUGGACCAGGAGGCCAGGACAGGGCAGUGUGCUCACAAGGCCAGUUUCUGAUCGUCUGCCCUGAGGGUGAGGACCAGUAGGCAACUGCCAGGAUGGGUGAAAGGAAAGGGGUCAACAAGUACUAUCCUCCAGACUUCAACCCCGAAAAGCAUGGCUCUCUCAACCGGUACCACAACAGCCACCCGCUUCGGGAGCGGGCUCGGAAGCUGUCACAGGGCGUCCUCAUCAUCCGAUUUGAGAUGCCCUAUAACAUCUGGUGCGAUGGCUGUAAGAACCACAUCGGCAUGGGUGUUCGCUACAACGCAGAAAAGAAGAAGGUGGGCAAUUACUACACAACCCCCAUCUACAGGUUCCGGAUGAAAUGCCACCUCUGUGUCAACUACAUCGAGAUGCAGACAGACCCGGCCAACUGCGACUACGUGAUCGUGAGUGGCGCCCAGCGCAAGGAGGAGCGCUGGGACAUGGCGGACAACGAGCAGGUGCUGACCACAGAACACGAGAAGAAGCAGAAGCUGGAGACGGAUGCCAUGUUCCGGCUGGAGCACGGCGAGGCUGACCGGAGCACGCUCAAGAAGGCGCUGCCCACGCUGAGCCACAUCCAGGAGGCCCAGAGCGCCUGGAAGGACGACUUCGCCCUCAACAGCAUGCUGCGGAGACGGUUCCGGGAAAAGAAAAAAGCCAUUCAGGAAGAGGAAGAGAGAGACCAGGCCCUGCAGACCAAGGCGAGCCUGACCAUCCCGCUGGUCCCGGAGACGGAGGAUGACCGCAGGCUGGCGGCCCUGCUGAAGUUCCACACCCUGGACUCCUACGAGGACAAGCAGAAGCUCAAGCGGACCGAGAUCAUCAGCCGCUCCUGGUUCCCCUCCACCCCCGGAUCCGGCUCCAGCAGCAAGGUCAGCGCCGUCCUGAAGAAGCUGGCACAGAGCCGCAGAACUGCGCUUGCCACCUCCCCCAUCACCGUGGGGGACCUGGGCAUCGUGCGGCGGCGGCCUCGGGACGUCCCAGAGAGCCCACAGCAUGCGGCCAACACCCCCAAGUGUGGAGAACCGCGGGUACCAGAGGAGACUGCCCAGGACAAGCCUGUGUCCCCCGGAGACUGUCCUCAGGAAACAGCUGAGACCCCUAAGUGCAGCGGGCUGAAGGGGCAGGAAGGGAGUCGUCAGGACAAGUCCCUUUCCCCAGCAGGCUCCUCCCAAGAAGUAGCUGACGCCCCAGACUCGCGGCACCCCUGCAGCCUCAGCUCCUCCCUCGUGGCGGACUACUCCGACUCAGAGAGUGACUGAGCCAUCCCCAACCUGGGGACUGGACCUGCUCCAGAGGCCGCGACACACCCAGGAGGCCCCUCACAGACUGUAGACCCUCUGCUUGCCCACCAGCCCGGGGAGAGCUCAGACGCGGCCCCCUCCCCAGACCUCGCCUUCCUGCAACCAUGGAGUUGUUAUUUAUUUUGGUCCUGGUGAGGAUGUUUGUGCCUUGUCGGACUUCGUACAUUAAAACCCUGUUUCUUUUU